CGCAAAGCACACUUGUCCUUGAAUUUUGUUUGCACGCUCAAACGCUUAAGCUCACGUGCUUAUGUUGAGUUUCCAUGGUAACAACAGUAAACGCUGCUCUUGUUUUACUUCUCGGGAUCGAUAGACAAACUGCAGUUAGCUCUAUCAAAGGGUUAACACUAGCUUCUUGGUAAGAUCACUUACAUUUGGUAGUUAUAUUUCGUUAUCAUGGUAACUGUUGUAAAGUUUUAUAAAGCUGAAGUAAGUUUCACAGGUUAGCUAGUUACUUUAACUUGACAGUCACACGAAGUACUGCUAGCGUAGCUAGCUAACCCAGUCUGCUGUGUAUUAUUAGUUAGCCAACGUAAACCCAACGCAGGUUGACUCCCGGUUUGUCAGCCAUCAACCGGUCUGCCACAGUGACCCGCUACUUUUUGUGAAAACAUAAAUCAAUUUGAUCAGGAUGUCUGAGGUGGAUGAAGAUGCAGUCAUGUCGGAUGUAGAGGGGCAGGAAGAAACGCCUCAAGACGGGCUCGGAGAGGACGAGAAGCUACAGGUUUGCCAUUUGACCCAACAAACAAUCAGUCAGGGGCUCUCAUUACUGUGCCGAACAGGAAAUGGAUUAGGAUAUGCAUUUGUCAAACUGGACCUAAAAGACAAAGGACUGAAUGACUUAGCUGCAAUUAGCAGUUAUAUUCACCUUCGUUUUCUGGACGUAUCCAACAACCACCUUACUGAUCUUUCUCCUCUUGCAUCUCUGAUCCAACUGCUUUGGCUGAAGGUUGACAGUAAUGCUGUGGCAUGCUUCAAAGGGCAACCUUUCGCUCAGUUAAUUUACCUGCAGUGGCUGAGUAUGGCAGUGAACCAGCUGACAAACCUGGACGGCCUAGUCGGGCCUGCUUUAGAGAGCCUCAAUCUUACAGGUAACAGUAUUAAGACAGUGACUGGUCUUCAGAGUGGCUGCUUUGCCAACCUGGUAACUCUAGAGCUGAGAGGAAACCACUUGAAUACUACUGAUGGCAUCAACCUUCCCAACCUCCGACGAUUAUAUCUGGCCCAAAAUGUGAUCAAAUGUCUAGAAGGUUUGGAGAGGUUAGAGCGCCUCACCACCCUUCACCUUCGAGACAACCAGCUAGAUACUCUGGAUGGUCUCAGCCCCAGCAUGAAGUGUCUUCAAUACCUCAAUGUCAGAGGCAAUGCAAUCUUAAAUGAGAAUGCCCUACAGUGCCUUGGGCUUGUGUCAAAAACUCUGCGUGCUUUGGUCCUUUCUGAGAACCCACUGGUGGAAACAACAGACUACCGGCUAAGUGUACUGAUGCUCGUGCCACAGCUGGAGCGAAUUGACAAAGAUCCAGUCUCUCCUGAGGAGAGGACUGAGGCCCGAGAGAGAAUCAAGGUAGAGGAACUUAAACAAGAGGAAAUACCUGAGCCAUAAGAUUUGAAAUGUUGGCCAAAAUGAGGAAGUGUUUGACUUCCCCGACUUUCUUGAAAAGACAGGUGGUUGGGUGAUUGACUUGCGUUUUUGUAUG